UUCGUAGCUUUACAUUAAAUGAGUGAAAGAAAAGAAAGCAACUUGGAGCUUUGUCAUUUCUUGCCUGUCCUCAGCUUACUCUCUCUCUCUCUCUCUCUCUGAUCAAUUACAGCUCUGAUCGUGAUCUUUCUGUUUCCUUUAUUGCUUCUGCAACUUGAUCCCAGUACAACUCUUUAGCCACCUUCUUUGAUUUUUGGCCUGGUACAGUAACAAGAAGAAGAAGUGGAAGUAACAAGCAGUCAUGGAUAGAUCUCUCUCGCCAAAGCUGCACAAGGAGAUUCCAGAAGAACUCAAACCAGAAACUCAGGCAUCCAAAAGAAGGAAGAUGGUUCAGAAGCAUGUUGUUAAAGUGAGGAUUGGAGCAAAUGUUGGGAAACUAAAGAAUGAAGGGCCGCCUUCUGAUCUUUGGUCUUGGAGAAAAUAUGGGCAAAAACCUAUUAAAGGAUCUCCUUAUCCAAGGGGCUAUUACAGGUGCAGCACAUCAAAGGGUUGUUCAGCCAAAAAGCAAGUAGAAAGAUGCAGAACAGAUGCUUCAAUGCUCAUCAUCACCUACACCUCUAGCCAUAAUCAUCCAGGUCCUGAUCUCUCCACCACCAACCUGAUCCAACCAUCUAAAGAACCACAAAACCAUUCAAAUGAAGAUCUCUCAACACUGCCAAAACAGGAACAGCUCGAGCUAGCACACGAUGAAAAACGAAAUGAACCCAACAUGACCACCAGAGAAAAGGAUCCGGUUGAAGAUCAUUUCCACUACAUACAAUCCCCCAUAAGCGGUUCCCAGGAUAUAAUAGCUAACCAAGGAGAAGACCCUUUCAUAGUGCAACAUGAAAGACUCCAUGAAACUGUUCUCCUCUUGGAUGAAGAGCCCCUCUGUUAUUCCCAGUUCAUGAACUUGUCCACUCCGAUCUCAGAGGAAAAUGACUUCUAUGAUGAGCUUGAAGAACUGCCCACAUAUUCAUCUUUCACAAGCUCUGCGAGGAACAAUUUUCCCAACGAAAGGAUUCCUGUUGUCCCUUCUUGAUCAAGGGUUCAUAGUGCUUGCAGCCUUAGAAAAUGUAGUUAUGUUGACAUAUGAAAUACCCACUCCAAGAGAACUCUCUCUCUCUCUCUCUCUCUCUCUCUCUCUCUCUCUCUCUCUCUCCCUCUUUUUAUGGGCUCACAAAAUGAGGAAGUUACAUCACUUUGGCAAGAGCAAAGUUAGUGGAUCGAUGGUAUCUUUUUAUCUGGGAGAUUGAGAUUUAAUGAAAAAUCACCAAGUUCCACACCACAGAAAGAGAGAGAGAGUAUAUGGGGGGGGGGUUGUUUCCUUGUACAUACUAUUCAAAGAUGGCAUGAGGAUCACGAGUGAGUGCUCAAAAGUUCUUUGUGACAAGGCCUUUUUCUUUUUUCUCUAGUGGAGAUUAGAAGUACUUUUCCCUACUUUUCUUUAGUGGUUGAUUUGGUGGAAGAAA